GCGGUCGAUUGAGGAAAGGCGAGAGAAGGUACCACCAGAAUCCACAGAGUCGUCGACUCUCAACAAGACAUCGAAUCGACCCAACACGCCGUCUUUUAUCCAUCUAGCAUGUUCCGGAAUCACAACGACCAAAAAUCCAACACCUAUCCUCCUUCCAUAACUCCUUCCCUGUCCUCUUCUCCCCUCCCAUCCCUCUCCCACAAAUCCUUCCCCUCAUCCGCAAAGAUGUCCACAACCACCAUCCGCCCCGUGCCCCUCUCCAACACCACAACACCUCCCCCUGACCCUUCCCAUCCACCUCGCUCAAACGCAAGUACACCAACUACCACAGCCACCCUAACACCCAGAGGCACACACCGUCUAGUCCCUCUCCCCACUACCCCUCGCGUCCCAAACAUCGUCACAAACUCAACUCACACAGGCUGGGGUCCCCAAGAUUGGCCCGAUGUGGAGAGGAGUUGGUGGAAGAAACUUUGGAGUUGGAUUAGAGGGUGGGGGUAUCGUUGAAAAGUACUUGGUAAGUGAGUUGUGUGAUCUCGUUUUGCGGUGGGGGUUUGCUGACUUGGUUUACUGGAGUAGAUGCACCUGGGGUUCGUGACUGUGAGAAUUGGACUUGCUCUUAUUGAUGGCGAAAGGGCUUUUGAUCGUUGCUUGAUGUAGGUCGGAUUGAGAACCGUUUUGGAAGCACUCACUGAUGAAAGAGACAGAAGGCACGGCUUACCACAGGCUUGCCAGCAUCACUUGCUAUCACAGCA